GUGAUCGGUACUUAAUCUGAAAUUUCAGUCUAGGUUUCAUCAGGCACGAAAUGAAAUGUUUACAGAAAUAAUUGUUAAGGAAACAACAAGUCAACAGCAUGCCAAGUAAUGAAGAUUUUACCUUUAAUCUGACCGUUGGGGGUGUCAAGUUACCGGAGUAUGAGAAAGAUGGGAGUUGUUAUGUAGAGUCAUGUCUCUUUACUCCCUACAGCUACAACAUGACAGUGGAAGAACAAGUUGGAGAUGAGAAAGAAGUUCAGAGCUGGCCAGUUACUCCGUAUCAGUUAAAAAUAAUGGCCAACCCAUCGAGUCCUCGUUGUUACUACCGUGUGUUUGUUGACGGUCAUCACGUCAAGAGCUGCAGUAUUCGUCCAGGUGAAACCAGAGUAAUAACAGGCUUCCGGGAUGGAAAUCUGCUGAAAGAAUUUCUUUUUUCUCUCCCACGUUUUCCAAAAGAUGAGCAAGACAGAAUUGACAGUGAAAAGUGUCCCAAGGUUGGCACAGUGGAAGUGUUGUGUUUCAAUGCAAGACUUAAAAACACCAAGAUGACCAUUAGAACCCGACGACUCCGCUACUUACAGGCAAACAAGAAAGAUAGUGCUGCUGUUACCCAGGGGAAAUAUGGAAUGAUAACAACAAAAGCAGGAAGAACAAUUCGUGAGAAGUCGUCCAGAAAGAGAACAGACUUUUGGCAAAUUUUAGACCUGCGGAAGGGUUUGGCAGUGAAGUAUGUUACAAAGGACACAAUAAAAGAAAUGGGUUUUGACGUGCGUCAGGUCCCCUUUAUAAAUCAUACAGAACAGAUUGGUUCAUACUGGAGAUCAAACCAGCACAGUACACAGACCAGGAACCAGCAACAUUUGUCGGAAUCAAAGCCUGGUACGAGCGACUUAAAGAAUGAACAUUCCGAGGUGAUAGAUCUGCAGGACAUUAAAGUGGAAACUGAGCCAGUUGUUGUGCAGUCUUCAACAGAAAUUAUUGUCAUAGAUUAAUAGUUUUACAGACCUUCUUCAAAGAUUGAAUGACCUUUACACAGUCAUUAUAGACCAAAGGAAACUGUUCUACUAGUUAAAAUAUUAGCAUUUUAAUUUUUAUUAAUCUUUUUUUUAAACAGUUUGUUAAUUUGUGACAUCAUGGUAUAAAUUCAGACAAAAAUUAUAAAUAAUCCUAGUUUUUUUUAGGUGACUCUAAUAUGUCCUUUAUUAACCAAAGGAAACUAUUGUAGUAUUUAAAAUAAUAUAAUUUUUAGUGGAUUUUAUUAUGUAAUUUUUAUUCUUUGUUUUUUUGUUUGUUGAUAUCAUGACAUAAAUUGAGGAAUGUAGUAUUAAUACAUUUAAAAGUUUGACAAGUUAUAAAUAAUCUGGGGUUUUGUUUUUAGUCUAUUACUUGACUGAGACUCACUUGAAUGUUGCAGAAUCAUUAGAAACAAAAUGAAACUAUUCUGGUAGUUAAAAUACCUAUUUUUAGUGUAUUUUAACAUGAAUUAUUAGUACACAUAGAAUUUUGACAAAAAUUAUAAAUAAUCAAAUUUUUAGUGCUUUUGGAUAAUUACGUUUAGACUUAGACUUAGAUUCUCUUAAAUGGGCUUUUUUAGAAACCUUCAAGAAUCAGUAUUUGGAACUGAGAAAUAAUAAAAGUUUUGUUAAGCAUGGACCUCAUGGAAA